AUGACGGUGAUCGACAUAGGGAAGCCGGUGAUGUUCACCGGCGGCCUUGGGUUUUCGAGUCUUAAAUAUACUGUGACAAAGAAAAUGAAGGUUGAAGGGAGGCAUUUGAAUCAAGAAGUAGAUUUGUUGAACAUGAUUACUGGGUAUGCACCAAAUGGGUGCGUCACUGCAGUCAUGGGUCCGAGUGGCGCGGGGAAAUCCACCUUACUGGAUGGUCUGGCGGGGCGGAUAGCGAGUGGGAGUCUCAAGGGUAGGGUGUCCUUGGAUGGGGUGGAAAUGAGCCCCAGGUUGAUUAAAAGAACUUCAGCUUAUAUUAUGCAGGAUGAUAGAUUGUUCCCAAUGCUUACUGUGUACGAGACUUUGAUGUUUGCUGCUGAUUUUCGGCUGGGGCCAAUCUCAAGUACAGAUGAUAAAAAGCAGCGUGUCGAGAAGUUGAUCGAGCAGCUUGGAUUGUCUUCAUGUCGAAACACCUAUAUAGGAGACGAGGGGACCAGAGGAGUAUCCGGUGGAGAGCGUCGGAGAGUCUCCAUCGGGGUGGACAUCAUUCAUGGACCAUCAUUACUGUUCCUGGACGAGCCAACUUCAGGUCUAGACUCAACCAGUGCUCAUAGCGUCAUUGAAAAGGUGCACCACAUUGCACGCUCAGGCAGCACCGUGAUCCUCACAAUCCACCAGCCCUCAUCCAGGAUUCAGUUGCUCCUUGACCAUCUCAUAAUCCUUGCUCGCGGGCAGCUCAUGUAUCAAGGAUCACCUAAAGAUGUCAUGCAUCAUUUAGCACGGAUCGGGCGCAAAGUUCCCAAGGGAGAGAACUCAAUAGAGUACUUAGUUGAUGUGAUACAAGAGUAUGAUAAGUCUGAACUCGGUGUUGAGGCGCUAGCUAUAUUUGCACGUACUGGUCUUAAGCCCCCGCCAUUGCCAGGGGAGGAGGUGUCAGUACUUUCGACUCAAGCAUCGUCACUUACUCCAGGCGCAGGUCGUAGCAGACAUAUUCAGGCUGCAGAAGGGAGUGAUCAAAGGGGAAAUGCAGGAAAGCGGCAAACAAAUUCUCAAAUUGACGAUUCCUAUGAUCACAGCUUAAGAAGCCCAUAUAAUAAUUCAAGGUCAUGGAGUGCAAGCGACUAUCGAGUUUUGCAAGUACUGAGGCUUACUCCUUCUAGGACUAAUCAGAAAGUGCCUAUCUCAAUGAGCUUAUCCCCCGGACAUUAUGAAUACUCAAGUGAAAUUCUACCCAGGACUCCGACACCUCAUAGCAGCGACUACACUGUGAAUGAAAACGACUAUCUCACCCCCACCGAGGCUGAUCCAAACGCCAUGGCGCAGCACAGCCAUCUGGGUCCAAAGUUUGCUAAUUCAUUCUUCUCAGAGACAAUGAUACUCAUGCGCCGCAAUUUCAAGAACAUCUAUCGCACACCUGAGCUUUUCCUCUCAAGAAUGAUGGUCCUCACCAUAAUGGGAUUCAUGAUGGCCACCAUGUUCAAGAGCCCCAAGUCUGACUUGCAAGGAAUCACAAACCGCAUCAGCUUCUUCAUCUUCACUGUCUGCCUCUUCUUCUUCUCUUCCAAUGAUGCUGUCCCAGCCUUCAUUCAAGAGCGUUUCAUCUUCAUCCGAGAGACUUCCCACAAUGCCUAUAGAACCUCGUCUUAUACCAUUGCGGGUGUCGUCACUUACAUUCCUUUCCUUGCAGUUCAGGCUGCAAUCUAUGCUUUCAUUGUGUGGUUUGCUUUGGGGCUGCAUGGGCCUUUCAUAUAUUUCUUUAUUGUUCUCUACGCUUCCCUUCUUUCAACAAACUCAUUUGUGGUUUUUGUGAGCUCGGUGGUGCCAAACUAUAUCUUGGGUUAUGCUGCAGUGAUUGCUUUCACGGCGCUCUUCUUCUUGUUCUGUGGCUACUUCCUGAAUAGCAAUGACAUUCCUCCGUACUGGAAAUGGAUGAACAAGAUUUCCACCAUGACAUAUCCUUAUGAAGGGCUUUUGAUGAACCAGUAUCAGACAUGGAAGCUUUUUGGAAACACCACCGACGGGGUACCAUUGUACGGUUACACUAUCUUGGACAACCUUAAGAUUAAGGGCGGUGAAAAAGAGAAGUGGGAAAAAGUGCUCAUAAUGUUGGGUUGGGCUGUUCUAUAUAGGGUUUUGUUUUACUUGGUUCUGCGUUUUGGGUCAAAGAGCAAGAGAACGUAG